AUGGCGGCCGGUGGGGAUUUUAGUGAAUUCGAUACUUGGUUAAAUAAUAAAUUAUUAGCUUGUAAUACGGACGAAGGAGUGUUUGGUUCGUAUAUCAAGGGAAUAUUAGAAGGAGAAGAAUCCUUAGAUGACAAAACUCAAGCACUGACAGAAAUUUUAUCAGAAAUUACGAAUGAAAAUAUAACAAAACUUUGUCAAGAAAUUUUGGAAAAGUGGAGUCUUUUCAAUACCAAAGAUGAAAAUGUUCAAGGUACUAUAUUAAAAGUUUCUGAAGAUAUGGAUGUUAGGCUUGCUAAAUUAAUGGAAAGUCAAGCAAAACCAACAAUAGUUACUCGAAAUAAUUAUACUGAUGAAGAAAAAAGAAUAAGAGAUGCAAUUUUACAACAAUAUGGUCAAAUGUCUGAUGACGAAAAUGAUAAAGAUGAAGAAGAAGGGGAAAAUGGAAGUGAAAAUAGCAUAGUAAAAAAUAUUAAUGUUGCUGCAGUAAAACAAGCAGAAAAAGAAAAAAGAGAAAAAGCAAAAAUUGACAGCCAAAAGAAAAAGGAAAAAGACAAGGAAGAUAGGGAAAAACAAAAGCAAAUGGCACAAGAAAAGAAAGAAAAAAGAAAAACACAAAAAGGUGAACGAAGAAGGUAG